CGUCUCCACACUCCCCUCCUCUCCCGGCGGCGUCUUAGGGUUUUGCUUCCCUCUCCCGGCGGCGCGAGCCACCUCGUCCUCAUCCCUCAGGCCGGGAGGCGGUGGCGAGGCCCAAGGUGUGCACAUCUGCAGGUUAGGUAAAGAUGGUGAGGGUUAGCGUCCUGAACGACGCGCUGAAGAGCAUGUACAAUGCAGAGAAGCGUGGGAAGAGACAAGUCAUGAUCCGGCCCUCUUCAAAAGUGAUCAUCAAAUUCCUUAUUGUCAUGCAACGCCAUGGCUACAUUGGCGAGUUUGAGUAUGUUGAUGACCACCGAGCCGGGAAGAUUGUGGUUGAAUUGAACGGGAGGCUCAACAAGUGCGGGGUGAUCAGCCCUCGCUUCGAUGUUGGUGUGAAGGAAAUCGAGGGCUGGACAGCCAGGCUGCUUCCAUCUCGUCAGUUUGGGUACAUUGUCCUGACGACCUCUGCUGGCAUCAUGGAUCAUGAAGAAGCCAGGAGGAAGAACGUUGGUGGCAAAGUGCUCGGCUUCUUUUACUGAAUGAAAUUUUGCAAAAGGAUUAUCGAUUGGUGUAGUAGGAUAUUUAUCUCAUGAUGAAUCCUGCCCAUUCCUAGUCAUUUAAUGGAUGCACUUUGGGGGGCCUUGAGCCGUUUUAGUAGUUUUGAUGAAUUUUACUUUUGUGGUGCUUUUGGAAUGUUAUCAACUUAUCACGUGCCUAGUGGUGCAUCUUGCUUGUAUUGGCUGUUGUUGAAUUUGCCUGAUUGAUGUGUACGUCAUUUGGAGUAGAGAGCGGAUUAAGUUUUGCGUUGCUGGUUCCUUUGUA